AUGCUUAAGCGCAAGGCGAAGGCGCUGGGCCGCACCGAUUCGCUGGGGCCGGGCGCGGCAGCAGCGGGCGCGGCUGCGGCGGCGGCAGCGGCGAAGCUGGCGAGGGCGGAUUCCGGCAUGGACGUGGACGACCCAAACGGCUUCCAGUCCACCAAGGCGGCAGCGGCGGCGGCGCUGGCAGCGCAGGAAGCUGCAGAGGCGGAGGAGGAUGAGGCAGAGUGGCGCGACAUCGAGGCCGGCGCGUGGCCGUUCCGGCGGCUGGCGGACGAGCUCUGUGUGCGGCUGACAGAUACUGGCUGGGAGGUCCGCCACGGCGCUGCGACGGCGCUGCGAGAGCUGCUGCGGAGUCACGCGGCCUUCGCCGGGGUGGUGGCGCCGCUGCAGGAGGGCGCGGAGACGUGCUGGGCUGAGCCCGGCGGGUCAGGCAAGCGCCGCCUGCGCGCCUCCCCGCCGCUCGAGCCUGGCAUCGUGGCGUGCGCGGCGGCGGCGCGCAGCGCGUGGCUGCAGGACUGCAUCGCGCUGUUGCUGGCGGUGCUGGCCCUGGACAGAUUUGCGGACUACGUAUCCGAUCAGGUGGUGCCCGUCGUGCGCGAGACUGCAGCGCAGGCGCUGGGCAUGGCGGCGCAGCCGCUGGACACCGCCAGCCUCUGCCGGCUCCUGCAGCUGCUGUUUUCGCUGCAGCACCACAGGAACUGGCACGUCCGGCACGGCGCGCUGUCUGGCGUGAAGUACUUGCUGGCCGCCCGCCCCGACGCCGUGGGCAGCCUGCUGCCGCUUGCGCUGCCGGUGCUGUCUGAGGGCCUGGCAGACCGAGAGGAUGCGGUGCAGGCGGCAGCGGCGGACGCGCUGGCGCCUGUGGCUGCUCAGCUGCUGGAUCUUGAUCGCGGGGCCGCCUUCCAGCUGCGCUCGGCGGUGUGGCGGCUGGUGAAGGGCAUGGGCGAGCUGUCAGUCGCCGCGAGCAGCUCGAUGGCGCUCCUGGCGGCCCUCUACACGCCGCCGAGCCCGGGGCUCGUGAAGCAGGAGCAGCCGGGGCCGGCGGACGGCGCCCCCGGUGUCGUCGCGGCAGCAGCGGCGGCGGGGGCGGUUACGGGGGUUGUGGUCAAACAGGAGGAGGGCUUGGUCAAACAUGAGCCGUGCGCGGCGAGCGUGAAGGUUGAGGAGGGGCCAGCGGGCUCGUCAGGAGGUGUCGUGAAGCUGGAGGAAGCUGCCGAGGGGGCGGUGUGGCGGCUGGACAGCAAGGGUCUUGAACAGGGGGAGGAGGGGCAAGGGGGGGAGGAAGAGGAGGAGGGCGCGUCCCUGGCCGCCCACCUCCCGCUGCUGUGGCGCUACCUGCGGCACCCGCUCACGGGCGUGCGGCUGGCGGCAGCCCAGUGUCUCGAGCGCCUGGCCGGCAGCGGCGGCGGCCGCGGAGGCGAAUGGCUCGCGCCCGUGCUGGGCCCCACCCUGAGGCUCGUGUAUCAGUCUCUUGUGAUGGAGGCGGACGGUCGCGUUCGUUCACAGCUGCUCGCCGCCUGGGCCGCGCUGCUGCGCGCCGCCGGCGGCGCAGCCGCGGCCGCGGCGCUGGCUGUCGUGGACGUCACCGCGCUCGCUGCGCUGAUGGCGACGCCGGCGGGGUCGCCGCCCGACCCCCGGCUGCUCGUCGCCCCCGACGGCGCGGGCGGCGUCGGGCCACUCAGGGCGCCGGCGGCCGGCGGCGGCGGCGGCUUUGGCGGCGGCUCGACGGCGCGUGCGUCGCCGACGAAGCGGCGGCGGGGCGCAAGGAAGCAGGCGCGGUACGCGGAUGAGGAGGAGGGCGGGCUACAUAACAGUGGCGGCGGGGGCAGCGGCGGCGAUUUUGGGGGUGCGGGCGACUCGGACGUCGACGACUGCCUGCUGGGCGGCGGCAACAGGGGCGGCAGGUUUGGCCUGGGGUCAGGCUAUGACCCUGAGGCGGUGGUCGGCGCGGACGGCCCCGACGCGGCGCUGGAAAUGCGCCUGGCGGCGGCGGCAGCGCUGGCGCAGCUUGCGUGGCGCUCGGCCGCGCACGCGCCGGCGCUGGUCCCGACCGUCCUGCUUGGUAUGCUGCAGCAGCCCUCGGCCACGGCGCGACAGCUGGCGGGCCUGGCCCUGAAUGAGUGGCUCCUGCUCGCGAUGGACCAUUUGAACCAGCAGCAGCAGCAACAGCAGCAGCAACAGCAACCGCAGCAACAGCAGCAGCAGCAGCAGCAGCAGCAGGAGGGACAGCCGGCACCCGCGGCCCACCAACUGCUGCGCGGCUCCGCCGUCGCGCGAGCCGACGCGAUGCGCGGGCUCGUGCCGCCGGAGCUGCCGGCAGCAUGCCUGCAAAUUCUGUGUUCUGCAACGGCGGCUGCGCCGCGGCCGCCGGGGGCGGAGCCUUACUUGGAAGCUGCGGGGGUGUACGUGGGGAUGCGGCGGGAGGUGCUGAUCGCAUUUGACGCGCUGCUGAAGUCUGGCGCCCCGCUAGCCAUCCCGGCCGGCACCGUGCUGGACGCGAUUUCCGCAGAAACUGCCCAGCAGCUGCUCGCCGCGGCGGCGGCUGCCCCCGCCGCCGAGGCCGCGCGCGCGUCGGCGCUCGCCGCCGCCCGCCAGGUGGCGGCGCUCGAGGCGCACCUCCACGGCGGCGUCUGCCUCGCGCUCGCCAGCGCGGCGGCGGCUUCCGGGCAGCUGCCCGAGAAGCUGACGCCCGUCCUCGGUGCGCUGAUGCAGGCGCUGCGCCGCGAGCCGGGGGCGGCGCUGCAGCGGGUGGGGGCGCGGGCGCUCGCGGAGCUGCUGCUGUGCUGCGUGGAGCGGGCGCCCUGCCCAAACGGCAAGGUUCUCAAGAACCUCUGCAGCAUGGCGUGCGGCGACGCCUCCGAGACGCCACAAGCGUCGGACCCCGCAUGGACCGCCAACGACGAAAAUGGCGGCGGCGACGAGGAUGUGGACGCUAUGGCUGAGCGCCGUGACAGUCACUCCCGCGCCGGCCCCAGCACGCACGGCGCGCCCGGCACGCCGCAGCCCCCGCCGAAGCGUGGCCGCCCGGCGAGCAAGUCCCCCACGCCGCCGCAAGGGGCGCGAGCGGAGGGCGCCGCAGUGCCUAGGCAGCAGCAGCAGCAGAGCGCCGCCGCGCAGGCGGCUGCCGCGGUGGCGCGGCGGGGCGCGGAGUUCGCCCUCGCCGCGAUCGGCUCUCGUUUCGGGCCGCAUCUCUUUGCGCUGCUGCCUGCCCUCUGGGAGUCCAUGGCUGCGCCGCUCGGCGCGGACCCGGCCCCGCCGGCGCCGGAAGGCGCCUCGGGGAUGCCCCCUGCUGCCGCCGCUGCUCAUGCUGCCGCCGCCGCAGCGGCGGCGGCGGCAGCCGACCCUCAGGCUGCCAUCGACGCCCUACAGAUCAUCAAAGUCGUGCUGCCAAACGCCCACCCGUCGCUGCUCCCCCAAUCCCUGGACGCCUUGCUGCCCGCCGUCUCCGCCUGCUGCACCCACCCCCACGGCGCUGUCCGCGAGGCCGCCGCGCGCUGCGCGGCCGCGCUCGCCGCCGCCGCGCCUGCCGCCGCGCUGCCGCCGCUGCUGCGGCUGCUGCUGCCCGGGCUGGACGGCACGCGGCCGGCGGCGGCGCGGCUGGGGGUCGUGCAGACCGUAGGCGCGGUGGCGGCGCGGCUGCAGACUGCGCUGGUGCCCUUUGUGGUCCUGCUGGUGGUGCCGCUGCUGCGGCGGAUGAGCGACCCGCACCCUGGCGUGCGGCGCGGGGCGGCGCUGUGCUUCGGGCGGCUGGUCGCGCUGCUGCCGCUCGCGCAGGGGCUGCCGAUGCCGAAUGGCCUAGACCCCCAGCAGCGGGCAGCUGCAGAGGCGGACUGGCAGUUUCUGCUGCAGCUGCUGGACAACCGCCGAGUGGGUGACUACGAGGUGCCGGUGCCCCUGAAGGUGACGCCGCGGCCCUACCAGCGGGACGGCAUCAGCUGGCUGGCAUUCCUGCGGCGCUUCGGCCUGCACGGCAUCCUGGCAGACGACAUGCCGCUGCCCGCGCCGCCGCCGCCGCCGCAGCAGCAGCAGCAGCGGUUGCCGUCGCUCGUCGUGUGUCCCGCGACGCUCGUCGGCCACUGGGCGCACGAGAUCGUGAAAUACGUCGACCCCGCGGCCCUCCGCCCCAUCCAGAUCGCCGGCGCCCCCGCCGAGCGCCGGGCAGCUGCCCGGCAGCUGCUCAGCGGCGAAUACGGCGUCGCCAUCAUGUCGUACGAGUCGCUGCGGUCCGAGGCGGAGUGGGCGGCGGGGGUGGGGUGGGAUUACGUAAUUCUCGACGAGGGCCACGUCAUCCGCAGCAGCAAGAGCCGGCUGGCGCAGGUCACCAAGCAGCUGAGGGCGGAGCACCGGUUGGUCCUGAGCGGCACGCCCAUCCAGAACAGCGCGCUCGAGCUGUGGGGGCUGUUCGACUUCCUCAUGCCGGGCUUCCUGGGGGAGGAGCGGGAGUUCAACGGGCGCUACGGCCGCGCGCUCCAGGCGGCGCGCUACAGCAAGCGCGGCAGCCGCGAGGCGGAGCUUGGGGUCCUCGCCAUGGACGCGCUGCACAAGCAGGCGCGCACCCUGACGCGCUCGCCUCCCCCCUGCCGACUGCCCUCGUACCCUUGCUGGUCAUGCCCUUCGUCCUGCGGCGCACCAAGCAGCAAGUCUUGA